AUGGCUACUCAAGAUGAGCUUCGUGAUGCUGAUUUGAUCGUUACCGCUCCUGAUGCUGUUAUUCGAGGCCUUUCGCCGACUCGCUCGUUCACCUCGGAUUCGACAAGUCGUCUCGAUCCUGCAACCUUGAUCAGCAAACGUUCCCAUCAUCGAAGGAAUUUCACCCGCAACGUGAAUAAAUUCAAGAUGGUGAUUCACGAGACAAGUCCUUCAAUCUACUCAAACGAUCUCAUCACGAAGGCCAACGAUCAUUAUGAGCAAUGUAUGUAUUACCAUCAUCGUUAUUGUGCAAAAUUAGGUGUCACCGACGACACUUGGUUGGAGAAUUUGCGUCAUGAUUAUAAUACGGCUCAUGAAGAAUUUGCCGCAGCCCGUCGCCCCGGCCAUGAUUCCGAACAACCAGCGCCUAGAGCAACGACCCGCACUAGAGCUCAAGUUCGCCCCAGUUCUGUCGAGUCAACCCGUCAACCCGAGUUCGCCCCGCUGGAUGUGCCCGUCAGCACAUCUCGCCCCGGUGUGGUUGAGUCGACCCGUCAACCCGAAUCUGCCUCGCGGGGUGUGCCUACCAGUACAUCCCACCAUUCCCGUGAGGAAGAUGUCUCUCGUACCGAAGUGGUUGUCGAUCCCGUUAGUGGCAGUCGUCAUCAGGCUGAGGGUAGCCGCCCGUCUUCUUUGGCCAGCUCAAGGUCUUCGGUUGCCGCCAGCAUUUCGUCUUCUCAUCGUUCGCGGAGCUCUACCCUUUCGGCUCUGACUAGAGAACGCCUUGCUGCCGAACUCGACCUUGAACUGGCACGCAAGCGGCGAGAAGAAGAAAAGAAUGAAAAUGACCUUCUGGACGAGCUAGCCCGUAAGUUACGUGAUGAGAAGAUUCGUAUCGGGGCCAAACGAAAGGAACGGAAAAUCGAGGAAGAAAUCGCACGUCUUCGUAUGAACGAGAAGUUGUCAAAGAGGUCUGUUCGUUCGCCUUCGCCGACCUCCUUGAGUUCUUUCAGUGAACCAGAUGACGAUAUCCAUAUUCCGUUGCCGAAGAGUAAGCCUCGUGACAAAGUGCUGCUUCCCACCGGGCCAUCCGACAAGAGCGCAGAUAGCUGGAUCGACGAUCUGGGACAGAAACCGACGGCCUUACCCGCUGCAGCGCCCAUGCCUUGGAUGUUUGGAGGUUCGGCCCCGUUCACGUGUAGGACACCGUUUGAUGGCGACCCUCGAGAUUGGCUUCUCUUUGCCUCAAGAUUUCGAGCCCUCGUCCACGACGUCAUUCCGAACGAUGCCCAGAGUUUGGCCAUUCUUACCGAGUGGGUUGGCCCUAGCGUUUUUCGCCGCAUCUCCCCAUUGUUAAAGGCUCCUCGUGGGUACACUGCAGUUCUUGCCUAUCUUAAAGAGCACUACGGUUCGAGCAAGCAGAUCGCUCGCUGUCAAAUACACGAUCUUCUUAGUCUUCCCUUCGUCAAGCCGGGUGAUCGCCAGGCGCUUGAAAGUUUUUCUGAUCAGCUGCACGGAACUGUUGUGGUGUUGGAACAAGGGGGAUUGGAGCACGAUCUUAAGAGUGCUGCUAAUCUUGAUGGGGCAGUACAGAAGCUGCCACUUGUCUUUCGCCAUCGCUGGGCCCGUUACGCAAGUAAGCGUUUACCGAAAGGUGUCGACCUUAGCGACUUGGAUCGGUUCAUGGAAGAGGUCGUGGAAGAGGAGCGGAUGGCUCGUUCGGCAUUCGAGUUGGCGCCUAAGAUUGAUCUUCGUGAAAAGCGUGUUACGUUUCCCAAGCCAGCCGUUGAAAAGCACCCUUCAAGUAGACCUGCAAUUCUGAAACCGCCACCCGUUCGGCCACCCCCUACCAUCUUAGCCACCCAAGUAGCGAAAGACGUAGAUGUCGAGUGUCCAGGCUGCGGCGGCGCUCAUCGACUUGUUUCUUGCCCCGAAUUACAGAGGAAGUCACCGAGUGAACAAACGCUGGUGGCGAAGGAGAAAGGCGUAUGUUUCAACUGUUUUGGAGGAAAGCACCGCAGUGCGGAUUGUCGUUCAAAACCCGCUUGUGAAUCCACGGGAUGCCGUGCACGUCAUCAUUCGCUGUUGCAUGGUACGGAGAGAGUUUUUCCUGAGAAAAGCACACCUCGUCAGUUCCCGUCUCCCGUCGGAGGCCAAGAAUGUUUUCAAGGACCUCAAACACUCGCCAUUGCUCCCCGUCUGACAUCUGAUGUUCUCUUGGCCGUGGUUCCCGUCCGACUUCGUGCGGGUUGCCGGACUCUUGACGUUUUCGCCCUGCUCGACACCGGGAGCCAAGCUACCCUUCUGCGUGAAGACGCGGCUAAUGCGCUUGGUCUUACGGGCCGGCCACGCAAAAUUUGUUUUGGAACCUUCCAUGGAAAAGAUCCGGUCGUCGAGACUCGUCUUGUGGGCUUCUCCGUUUCGUCGCUAGAGGGAGACCAAAGCUACAAGGUUUCCGACGGCUUUGUUGUGCCUCGUCUAAAUGUUGGGCAACGCAAGAUAAAAGAUGUUCUCGCUUCGUUCGAUUAUCUUCGUGACCUCAACUUUCCUGCUCGAGACGCUGGUGAAGUCCGGAUUUUGAUCGGGAUGGACGUUCAAGACGCCCAUCUAAACAUCGAGGUUCGUCGCCCUCCAACUGGAGUUCGGGGCCCUAAUGCUGUGCUCACCCCAUUUGGCUGGUGCGUUGUUGGGAGGACCUAUCCAUUACCGGCAGUGGAAGAUCCAAGCAUAAAUUUCGUUAAGCUGGGAAUGAUCGAGCAGCUGGAAGAGUGCGUCGAAAGGUUUUGGAAAACCCAAUCUCUCCCAGUUCGUGAGGCCCCCAGUACAUUUAUGUCGUCGUCAGACCGUGCCGCAAUGGACCAACUCGAGUCGACCAUUCGGCACACUGGAACGCGUUACGAAGUAGGUUUGCCCGUUCGCCCGCAUUGCCCGAAGUUGCCGGACAACAAAGAGUUUGCACGUCGCAAGUUCUUCGCAUUGGAGAGGAGACUUCUUUUAGACAACGACCUUCGCCAAGCAGUUACGGCGCAGAUGAAGGAGGUGUUUUGCAGCGGCCACGCAGUGAAAGUCACUUCUACAGCUCCCGGUUCCAAGGUGUGGUUCCUACCUUAUCAUCCGGUUCGACAUCCAACGAAGCCCAGCAAGAUUCGUCUCGUUUACGACGCUGCUGCCCGGUUUAAAGGAACCGCGAUCAACGACAUCCUGCUGAAAGGUCCGGAUCUCACCACGCAGUUAUUGGCCGUGCUGCUUCGGUUCCGUGAAAGGAGAAUUGGCGUUACUGCGGACAUUGCGAAAAUGUUUUAUCAAGUGCUGCCUGGAACCGAAGAUCCCAUCCAGGAAUUCCAGAUGACGGUGCACAUUUUCGGUGCUGUCUCAUCGCCAACGGUUUGCAGCUUUGCCCUUCAGCGCCUCGAAAAGGAUGCGCCCGAACACCUGAAGGAAGUCGCGAGGCGUAUUCGUUCCAGCUUUUAUGUGGACAACCUGUUGUCGUCGUUCGACGAAGUGGAUGAAGGCGUUUCCAUCAGUCAGCAGCUGGUUGAACUACUCAAGCUCGGUGGUUUCGACCUCGUCCAGUUUCUGAGCUCUUCGCGUUCGUUGUUGGACCAACUUCCGUCUUCCUCUCGUCUGGUUCCUGAGCUCGAUCUAGAUUUCGACGAUUUGCCCACCGAGCGCACGUUGGGGUAUCUGUGGAUUUAUGAGCGAGACGAGUUCGUUUUCCGUUUUAAGAAGACAGAAGAGGCCUUUUCAAAACGCUCGAUUCUUUCUGCAAUUUCGAGCAUCUAUGAUCCCCUUGGUCUCCUAGCACCCGUCGUUUUGGUGGCGAAAAUCAUCCUUCAGGACAUCUGGCGACUCAAAGGUGGCUGGGAUGAGAUUCUGCCCGCCGAUAUUCUGAAUCGUUGGGGGCGCUUUGUGGAACAUCUGCCGAUGCUCGAACUGCUGAACAUUCCGAGAAGUUUCUUGACUAGCCCCCAGUCGGCGUAUCGUUCUUUUCAGUUGCACGCUUUUUCGGACGCAUCGAAAGACGGUUUCGGUGUUGUAAUUUAUCUUCGAGCUGAAACCUCUGGCGAGGUCGAAGUCUCUUUCGUAAUGGCAAAAGUAAGAGUUGCUCCUAUCCAUCAGCUUUCGAUUCCGAAGAUGGAGCUUCAAGGUGCUUUGCUAGCAGUCAGGUUAGCAAACUAUCUGUUGAAGGAGCUGACUCUGCCCAUAUCGAAUGUGUUUUUCUGGGUUGAUGCGAUGACUGUUGUUCGAAUAGCUGAGAUCCUGGAUUCAACGACCCCUCUGCAAUGGAGACAUGUUCCUGGUGCACUUAACCCAGCAGACGAAUGCAGUCGUGGUCUCUGUCCGUCCGAGCUCGAUCCAAAUCAUCGCUGGUACCGUGGACCUGAGUUUCUAGUUUUGCCAUCCGAGCAAUGGCCGGCCCAGAUUCCAGCUACUGAACUGAUCGACCAUGAAGACGAGUCUAUUGGCUGUUUCCUAAUCGCCAAUCCUAGCGGGCCAGUAGAUGACGUUGUGGCACGAGCCGAUAAUCUAGAUCACCUAAUUCGCAUCGCCGCUUGGAUUGAAAGAUUCGUUCGCAACAUCCAGAUUCUCGUUCAUCGGAGACGUGCCAGAGAAAGGUCUAUUCUGGAUGGCAAUCAUGAAGAAGCAGUGACCGGACAAAGUGAGCAGUUGAAAACGGGCCGACAGCAGAGUGCGGACGAGCUGAAGUCAGCCCGUCGCCUUUUAAUUCGUGUUUCGCAGCGCGACUCCUUCCCUGACGAUUUAAGCAGUUUGCGGAAGGCGAAGUCCGUUCGCCCGGAGUCUCGGUUGCUGAAACUGGCCGUUUAUCUAGAUGACGCCGGAAUCAUUCGUGUUGGUGGCCGCCUCGAAAAUGCCCCCAUCAGCGCUGAAGCCCGUCAUCCUGCCGUUCUGGAACCCAAGCAUCCGCUCACCCGAUUGCUCAUACGCUGGGCGAAUAUUUCCGUGGCUCAUGGACGAGCUGAUCGCACUCUUGCGGAAGUUCAUGCUCGCUACUGGGUUUUGAAAGGACGCCAAGCAACAAAGUCGGUCAUCACGACUUGCCUGUACUGUUCCCGCAUGAGAGCCAAGCCGUUUCAGCCGAUGAUGGCCCCGCUUCCAGCGGAGCGGGUCCAACCGUUCAGCCCUCCAUUUACCCGUAUUGGAGUGGACUACCUUGGUCCUUUCCCUAUUUCAAUUGGCCGGCGAACAGAAAAUCGUUGGAUUGCACUUUUUACCUGCCUCUCCACCCGUGCUAUCCAACUCAAAAUUACCCCGUCCAUGGAUGUGGAUUCCUUUUUAAUGGCUUUUACCCGUUUCGUCAGUCGUCGGGGUGCCCCGACCGAUGUUUUUAGCGACAACGGUACCAAUCUGACAGCAGGAGAACGUGAGCUGCGUGAGGCGGUUACCCGCCUUAACGACGUGAAAAUCGCUGACCAACUUGCUCAGAAAGAGAUUCGUUGGCACUUCUCCCCGCCUGCUGCCCCGCAUUUCGGAGGUGUUUGGGAGCGUCUGGUUCGCUCGUGCAAGGAGGCCCUGCGCGCUAUCCUCGGUCAGCAGACGGUGAAGGAGGAAACCUUUGCAACGGUCGUCAUCGAAGUUGAGGGCCUACUCAACAAUCGACCGCUGACGGAUCUAGGUGCAGACCCGCAAGAAUUCGAGCCGUUAACCCCGAAUCAUUUUUUGUUGGGGCGCCCCAAUCCCCACUUGCCCGCUGACGUCAUCGACCCGGAAAUCAAAUGUUUUCGCCGAAGAUGGUUUCAUGCACAGCAGAUCGUGGAUCAGGUGUGGAGCCGGUGGUUACGGGAAUACCUGCCGACCCUCACAACCCGCAACAAAUGGACCCGAUCGCAAAACAACUUGGAGGUGAACGACAUGGUGCUUAUGGUGGAUCCAAAGUCGCCGCGCGGACACUGGCAAAUAUGUCAUGUUGCCAGAGUUUUACUUGGCUCUGAUGGUGUAGUACGCGCGGCCGAAAUCAUAACGAAGUCCGGCAAGACCUACACCCGCCCGGUUGUGCGAUUAUGUCGCUUGGAAGCCUUUAGUGCUGCUUAA